GUAAUUUAAGAAGUUAUAGGGUUGAAUCGUAGAUUUUUGACUAUUAAAUUGGGUUUAGUGAAAGAAGGAAACAUGUCAGCUGUUGUAGGACGAGUUUGGACUUGGGUAAACCCAAGGAAUUUGUACCGCCCUUGGGAUAGCAAGCCCAAAUGUGAAAAACCAAUUACACUUGAAGGUCAGGAGAAGAAGAGCAGCACAUGGAGCCUGGGAGGGUUAGCCCCUUGGGUUUGGGGUCCAUGGAGAAACCCAAGUGACCAAAAGAUGCCCACGGAGGAGUUUUGGGAAGCACAGGAAGACAUUCUCAAACCUGUAAAAAUUGAGGAACUGAAAGCAGAAAGAUCUGACGCUGUGGCUCCUCAGCGAUGGUGGAGUAGUAUGCUCCCAUCUUUCCGCGUUUGGCCGAGAUCAGCGGACUCCUCCGGGCUCAGACAGAGAGGCCAACCGUCAUCGGAAACGGAUUCCCAAGACGGCGAACUCUCCGACUACGGAACCCCUCCGCCAUCGCCCUCGCCACUCUCGAAGGGCACGGCGGCCUUCCGCUUCUUCGCCCGCUCCUGGACGGGCGAGAUCCUCCCCGAGCAUUUCCAGAUCUGCUUCAACUUCAUCCGUCACCUCUUCGACCUGUUCGUCGUCGGCUUCCUGUGGUCGGUCUCGCCCCCUGCCAGGUUCGUCCUCGACGUCCUCGGAGUCCAAGGUGCCCUGAAGCUGUGGCUGCACGGCAUGGCCAUGUUCCUGGUGUCCUCGGUAGGCAUGGCCGGCCUGCUGUGGCUGGUUCAGGAGUACCUGGCGCAGUUUGCCCUGGUGUACGGCAUCGUUCAGGCGCUCGUCGUUUCGGUCAGCGUGCGCCAGAGCGUCAUUCUGGGGACCGAAGAGGACGAUGAGAAGGAGGAUGGCAAAGAGGAACAAGACGAGGUGGAUGAGACGGAAGAAGAGUGGGAGCAGGAUCAACCCAGCCGUGUUCACAACAAAAUGAUGCCUGUGUCUUAAAGGAAGAUACUCAGGCUGUGAGGAGUGCCGUGCCUAAUUACAACGUGACCACUGGAGCACAAACUGGCACCGGCACCCCUGAAAUGCCACCUGACGAGGACACAUCCCAUCAGCAAAUCUAAAUCUUAAUCCCGGAGAAUUCCACACGAACCACAUGAGGUUCCUCUGAUCUUAAUGGAUUUUUAAUCAGUACGGCAAAAUGCCGGAGACGUGCGUCUCGUCACGGAGAGUUGCAAUGGAGAUUCGACCUUAUCGUGCACUGAAAUGCACUUUGAUCGUGGAGAGAUUGGAGAGAGAGAUCCUGCUGUGAUGUUUAUUACGUAAUCUGACUGCAGGAUUUACACCACUGUUCGGUUUUAGCUUUGUAAGGACUUGAUGAUGUGUAGGAGGAUUCUGCAGAUAUCGUUUAGAACUUCUAUCACCAGCUAUUUAACCUAUUUAAGUCUUUUUUUAUCAUGUCUGACUCCUGGCAUUGUGACACUCCUUUAACGCUACGUCUAGUCGACUCUACCUUUCCUCACUCAGCAUAAAUAUUAAGGAUUUGUAGUUGUUUUCGUAUUAAUGCGUACGUUUAUACACGACUGCUGAUUUGUUUUCGUCUUUUAGUCCAGACAUGUCCGGUGCUGUGACCGGCCUAUAAGAUAAUAGAUUAUUUAAGAGCAGUUUGGUCUGUUUUAUAUUGGAAUGUCGGCUUUAAAAUAAUUCCCCUCAGUACGAAACGUCCUAUUUCUUAAAAUAUGUGGGACAGAACCAAGCCAGUAACAAAUAUCGAAUUGAGGCCUUUAUAAAUAUAUUAUUUAAGUUAUAGCAGGUCGGGUUACCACAAGAAACGUAUGUUAAAUGUUAAAUAAAUCUAUGUAAGAGCUUAAGUUAAGGUACAAAGGUUUUGGGGGCUUUGCCAGCUAUUUAAUUUAGUUUAAAACACUUUAUUAACUCUUGAUUUCACCAGCUGACAUUUACGCAGAUCCAUCCAUUUAUUCAUUCAUUUGUAUCAGCCGCUUUAUGUCAAGUCAGGUCAAAUGUAUUUAUGUAGCGCUUUUUACAAUAGACUUUGUCUCAAAGCAACUUUACAGAAUCCAGGACCAACAGACCCCUGAUGAGCAAGCCAAGGGCGACAGUAGAGGAACCAGACUCAGCAGGGACCCAUCUUUCUUGGGUGGCCUGGAGGAUCCUUUAAAUAACUAGAAUUUACACAAAUCAUACAAACACAAAAUUAAAUUGAACUGAAAGUUAUAACUAGCAAAAAAAAAAAAUUGGAGUUCUUCAUUGUUCAGUCCAGUCUGUGAUAAAGUCCAUUCUAAGUUUUGGGCAUUUUUGGUGCA